AUGGUAGAUACAGGUUUCAUUCUGCAAAUCAAAUCUAUUGAGAGCAAAGUACACCUUUAUUUCAACAUCCUUUCUGGUUUCAGGAGCCCAACAACUGGAGAUAAUGACCUUGGCAAAAGCAAAGUGGAAAUAAAUACAGCAAGAACGCCAGUGCCACAGGAUAUUGCUUUUCCACUUGGAUUUGCUUGGGGUGCAGCUACAGCAGCAUAUCAAAUUGAAGAAGGCUGGAAUGCAGAUGGAUAGGGCCCUAAUGUCUGGGACACAUUCACCCAUCAGGGAAGAGAUCGAGUUUUCAAGAACCAGACUGGUGAUGUAGCUUGUGGCAGCUACACUCUGUGGGAGGAAGAUUUGAAAUGUAUCAAACAGCUUGGAUUGACUCAUUAUCGCUUUUCUCUUUCCUGGUCACGUCUGUUACCUGAUGGGACGACAGGUUUCAUCAACCAGAAAGGCAAUUGUUCCUUAAAAAUAGAAGGUUGCAGCUUUAAUUCAAGGUUAUUGCUGCAGUCUGGCAUAAUUAAUCCAAAUGUUUGCACUUAUAAGGAUCCUAGCCAUGAGGAUAUUUUUGGAUGGCUUACAAUAGACAGGAGCCAAUUAUUCCAGCAAUCUUUAAUAACCUGGGAAAUGACAUCUUGUUCACUGUAUCACUUUGGCUUACCUCAGUCCGUACAAGAUGAAGGUGGAUUAAGAUCUGAAAAGACCCUUGAGACCUCUGACAUUGAUGCAAAAUAUUGUUUCAGAACAUUUGGAGAAGAUACAUACAAUAACUCCAUAAUUUACAUCACUGAGAAUGGAUCUUCCCAAAGUGACCCGCUUGAUGACAGUCAAAGAUGGGAGCAUUUCAGGUUGAUUUUACAGGAAAUUUUAAAAGGUACCAUUUAA